AUGAAUGCCGUUCUCGCCCAUUCCUGUCUCCACUCAUCCCCUCAAAUCAUGGGCGCCCAACCGUCUGGUCUCGUCAAACCCUCGUAUCCCCCCUUAGUCACCCGAAUCCCUCAGCUUCCCCGAUUUGCUUUCCUUCCAUGCCCUCUCGGUGCAACAUGCCGUCUUUCUCCUGAACCGCAUCCCUCUGGACCCCGUACCCUAGCC